AUGGCCGACGGUCUUCGAGCUGUAGACUGGUUUGGUAGCGUUACCAUGCUCGGCCUUACGCUAAUGGUACUUCUGGGCCUCAACUUCGGUGGCGUUGUAGCGGCUUGGUCGUCGGCUAAAACCAUCUGCCUGAUCGUCUUUGGCAGCCUCAUGGGCCUCUUCUUCAUCCUCAGCGAGAAGUACCUCGCGACGUAUCCCAUUGUACCGAUGCGGCUGUUCCGCGAGCGGUCCAACAUCGCCGCCUACGCCAUCACCUUCAUCCACGGAUUCGUCUUCUUCGCCGCCGAGUACUACCUUCCGCUGUACCUGCAGGCUGCCAAGCUGGCGACGCCCACCCACUCAGGCCUGCUCAUCCUACCGCUCGUCACGACCUCAGCCCUCGCCGCCGCGGCGACCGGCGCCCUCAUCCACGCCACGGGCGAGUACCGCCAGCUGCUGCAAGCCGGGAUGGUCCUGAUGACGCUCGGCGUCGCCCUCUUCGCGCUCCUCCUCGGCGCCCACACCUCGGUGCCCACCAUCGUCGGCCUCGAGGUGCUGACGGGCGUCGGCAUCGGCCUCUGCUUCCAGCCGCCCAACAUGGCCGUGCAAGCCCUCGUGCCCCAGCACGACGUCGCCGCCGCGACGGGCGCCCUCGGCUUCCUGCGCAACCUGGCCACCUCGCUGAGCGUCGUCGUCGGCGGCGUCGUCUUCCAGAACGGCAUGGCGAUGCGGGAAGCCGCGUUGAGGCGCGCAGGAGUCGACGCGGCGCUGGCGGCGGAGCUGGCGGGGCCCGCAGCCGCGGCGAACGUGGAGCUGAUCGCCGGCAUCGCCGACCCGAGGCUGCAGUUGCUUGUCAGAAAGGCGUUCGCGUGGAGCCUGCGGAACAGUUGGAUUUUGUAUGCGUGCGUGUCGGCGUGCGGCGUCGUGGUGACGCUGUUCAUUAAGCGGAGCGUGCUGAGCAAGGAGCACACGGAAACGAAGACGGGCAUCAGGAGUGCCGAGGAGGAGGCCGUCGUUGCCAACUGA